UUUGUAUAACCUGACGUGUGGACUGUGGGAUGAGAUCAUGUAAUCAUACAAGCACUCUCACACUACCUAUAGAAAGCGAGAUUAGUGUCCUAAUUCCCGGAGGAUAAAGUUAUAUACAUUCACCUAAUUUUUUAUUAUAUGAUAUGCACAUAAAGAAGAAGAAGAAGAAGAAAAAACUGUUUGUUUUAAAGAAGAAAGUCAUAAUUCCGCUUUAAUUCUGCAUGAAUUCAUGUGUGUUUUUAACUCUCACUCCAUGGCACAAUCUUUCAUAUUUGAAAGGCAGAGAGAGAGAGAGAGAGCAUAUGCAGCCGACAGUAAGGAACAUUUUUGGUAGAAACACAAAAACAUAUUUGCAAUAACACAAAAAAAGGUUUGCAACUUUAUUUGGGGGGAAGAGAGAUCUAAAUCUAAUGGGUGUUGUUACUGUUCCUGAGUCUAAGCAAAGUGUUGCUGCUAAAAGAGCGUUUCGUCCAAGUUCCAGCAUCAGACACACUCCUCAAUGGCCUGUCUCGGACGUUACGAGUGACUUAACCAUCGAAGUCGGCUCUGCCAGCUUUUCCCUUCACAAGGUAAAGAAAUUCAAGCUAGCUAAUAAGCUCGUGAACUCGAAACUGCUUUACACAAACUCGUUGUCUCUUGUUUUUUUUUGUUUUCAGUUUCCCCUCGUCUCUCGGAGUGGAAGAAUCCGGAAACUUGUUCUGGAAUCAAAAGACAAGAACCUUAACCUAGCCGUAGUUCCAGGCGGCUCAGAAUCGUUCGAGCUCGCUGCAAAGUUCUGCUACGGCGUCGGCGUCCAAUUCAACUCGGCCAACAUUGCGGCUUUGCGGUGCGUGGCUCAUUACCUUGAGAUGACAGAAGAGUUGUCGGAGAAGAACCUGGAGGCGAGAACAGAGGCCUACCUCAAAGACUCCAUCUUUAAUGACAUUUCGAAUUCGAUCACUGUUCUUCACUCCAGCGAGAGGCUACUGCCUGUAGCUGAAGAGAUCAACCUCGUCGGGAGGCUGGUCAACGCAAUCGCUGUAAACGCCUGCAAAGAACAGCUAGCCUCUGGUUUGCUCAAGCUUGAUCAGAAUUUCAGCUGCGGCGUGCCGGAGACUGAGAAACCUUGUGACUGGUGGGGGCGCUCUCUUCCCAUCCUCAAGCUCGAUUUCUUCCAGAGAGUUCUCUCCGCCAUGAAAUCCAAAGGUCUCAAUCACGACAUUAUCAGUGACAUCCUCAUGAGCUACGCUCGCAAGUCACUGCAAAUCAUCAGAGAACCGAGUCUCGUCAAAUCAGAUUCCGAUCUGCAGAGGAAACAGCGAAUCGUCCUUGAAGCGGUCGUGGGGCUCCUCCCAACGCAAGCGAACAAAAGCUCAAUUCCGAUAUCGUUCCUCUCUAGCUUGUUGAAGACCGCUAUAGGAUCUGGAACCUCCGUCUCUUGCAGAUCGGAUCUGGAGAGACGGAUCAGCCACCAGCUCGACCAGGCGAUCCUGGAAGACAUCCUUAUUCCGGCGAACAUGGGCGCCAUGUACGACACCGACUCGGUGCAGAGAAUCUUCUCCAUGUUCCUGAACCUUGACGAGUGCGACUACAGAGAUGAUGACGACGACGAGGACGCUGGAGAUGCGGUGGACGAGAGCGAGAUGGCGAUUUACGAUUUCGAGGGGGCUGAGUCUCCGAAACAGAGCUCCAUCUUCAAGGUGUCGAAGCUGAUGGAUAGUUAUCUCGCUGAGGUGGCUCUCGACUCGAGCCUCCCUCCCUCCAAAUUCAUAGCUCUCGCAGAGCUUCUCCCUGACCAUGCUCGCGUCCUCUGCGAUGGUCUCUACCGAGCCGUUGAUAUCUUCCUCAAGGUUCAUCCCCACAUGAAAGAUUCAGAACGUUACCGUCUCUGCAAGACAGUCAGCUGUAAGAAACUGUCGCAGGACGCAAGCAGCCAUGCGGCGCAAAAUGAGAGGCUUCCGGUUCAGAUUGCUGUUCAAGUCCUGUUCUACGAACAGACACGGCUCAAGAACGCCAUGACCAGCGGCGGUGGCACGAGCCAAAGCCAGUUCUUCUUGUUCACAAACCGCUCGGGAAGCGGGAUGGCAAGCGGAGCGAUCUCGCCGCGGGACAACUAUGCGUCAGUGAGAAGAGAGAACAGAGAGCUGAGACUGGAAGUGGCCAGGAUGAGGAUGAGGCUAACGGACCUCGAGAAGGAUCAUGUUUCGAUGAAGAAAGACUUCGUGAAGCCGCAGAGCAGGAGGAGGCGUUAUGGAAUGUUGAGGAAGCUCUCAAGAGGUCUGAACAAGUUGAACGCAAUCGUUUUGAGAUUUAGGAGCAGCCAAAGUACUCCCAAGAACGGUAAGCAUACGGAGGAGAAAACGAAUUCGGAAAGACGAUUCAUGUUUCAGAAGAGAAGAUGUCACUCUGUUUCUUGAGUUUCUUCUUCUUCUUCGAGUCUUUCUAAUGCUUUUGUGCAUGUAAUCUUUUUAAAAAAGAAAAAAAAAAUGGAGAGUGAAUUUGGGUGUGUAGAUUUGUAA